AUGAUAGUACUGUUGACCCUUCUAUUCGCUGGAGCUUCUGCUGACCGUAUUUUUGUGGUCACUGGAAACUUGACAUGCAAUUCAAAGCUGGUCACAAACGCCGAAUUUCGAUUGGUUGAUAACAAUUAUGUUUUUUUGAAGCCGACGAUAGGCAAGACAAUUGUGGACCAUGGAUACUAUCGAUUGGCAACUGAUCUAGAGUGUAACACAAUUUUCGCGACAUUGGAGAUUAUUCACAAUUGCUUCCAAUCGACGUUUAUAAUCGGCGGCGACGAAAAUUACAUGGGCGAGAUGACUCAAAUCACAAUUGGAAAACACACUUUCACCGAAGGCAAAUAUGUGAUGACACUGAAUAUUGAGCUUCAUGAUCACAUCUACCGACCGGCGCCGCCAUUUGCUAAUUAUAUCGGAUUCAUUGCAAAAGUUUUUCUGGAUCUCGGACGAAGCGCUCAGAAAUUGUGGUCAAAUGAGAUUGAUUGUGAUGGAAGUUAA